CACCACUAAUAAACAGAACAGAAGGGUUUUGGUUUGGACUGAGAGUUGAGACUGUGAGAGGAAAACAAAAACAGCGUUGCGUUUCAUCUCCUUCAUUCUUCAACCUUCUUCUCUGAAACCCUAACCUAACCUCCCUUCACACACACACUUUCAUUCAUUCUUCUCGAUCAGGUGUGAUUGACCGGGAUAUGCUGAUCGUGUGAUUUUUUUUUUCAAAUUAUAAAGUUAGUGUUUUUUAAUGUAUCCCAAAAGGCCUAGCCAAGAUAGCCCUGCUGCUGGGCCGGUGCGCACAAGUGAUAGGAUCAAGUCGAGGCCAAAUGUUUAUGGCCGGCCCUUCUUAUAUUACAACUCAAAUCUUAGGCGUUCUAGGAAAACCAAGAUCAAGACAAGGACUGCUGCUUCGCAGAUUGCUAAGAUAUUGCGGCCAGGAAAUCGGAAAGCACAUGAUUCAAAUAAUUCCGGCUCUGUCAAAGGCUCUGCCAACCUUCGGCGCUCAACUAGGAAGAGAAAAGCUAAUUUGCAUUUUCAAGAUUUCACAGACAGCUCUGGAGAGGAUGAAGACUUAAUGAGACCCACAUAUCGACAAUUGAGAAACCGGAUUAACAAGGUCAGUCGGAAUGAUUUAAUGUCUUCUAAGCGCAAAAGAACAGUGGAGACUAAUGCAAGACCUCUACGUGAAGGUUUACGACCUCGUCGUUCAAAGGAUGCUGCAAGAAAACAAAUAAUUUUAGAGUCAGAUGAUGAGCAAAACCUUUCAGAAGACAAGGUUGAACAAGAUGAAGCAGAAAAUGGAAAUGAUGUCGAGGAAAAUGAUGCAGAUGAUGGUGAAAAUGAGGAUGAGGGAGAUGCUGAGGGUGAAGAUGAAGGAGAGGAUGAAGGUGAUGAAGAUGGUGAUGAUGAAGAGGGUGAAGAUGAAGGAGAGGAUGAAGGUGAGGAAGAACAGGAUGGAAGAAGGCGCUAUGAUCUGCGAAAUCGUCCUGAUGUCCGCAGGUUCUCUAUGGAUGAAGGGAAGGCCCAGCCAAGAUCUCCUAGAAGAGUAUUGCAUCAAGGUAUGGGAACUAAGGUCAGCAGGGAUGUAAGAAAGGGUGGAUCACGAGUUCAUAAGCGUCACCGCUCAGCUAGACUUGAAGAUUCUGAUGACUCCCUUCUCGUGGAUGAGUUGGACCAAGGCCCUGCUAUUCCAUGGGGGCGAGGUGGCAGUAGAUCUGGCCCACCUUUUCUUUUUGGGGGCUUGGACACGCAUGGAACAACAACAUGGGGAUUAAAUCUUGCUGCAUCAGGUUGGGGUCAUCAGGCUGAUGCUUUGGCUUCUCUAACAUCUGGGAUUCAAACUGCUGGGCCAAGCUCUAAAGGAGGGGCAGAUAUUCAACCCUUACAGAUUGAUGACAGUGUUAGUUUUGAUGAUAUAGGUGGGCUCUCUGAAUACAUUGAUGCUCUAAAGGAAAUGGUUUUCUUUCCAUUGUUGUAUCCAGAUUUUUUUGCAAGUUACCACAUAACUCCACCUAGGGGUGUGUUGUUGUGCGGGCCCCCUGGCACAGGGAAAACAUUAAUUGCAAGAGCUUUGGCUUGUGCUGCUUCAAAAGCUGGACAAAAGGUUAGCUUUUACAUGCGCAAAGGAGCGGAUGUGCUAAGCAAGUGGGUUGGUGAGGCUGAAAGACAGUUGAAACUACUCUUUGAGGAAGCACAAAGGAAUCAGCCUUCUAUUAUCUUCUUUGAUGAAAUAGAUGGACUUGCACCUGUGAGGUCUAGCAAGCAAGAGCAAAUUCACAAUUCCAUUGUGUCCACUUUGCUUGCUUUGAUGGAUGGUCUUGAUUCCCGUGGACAAGUUGUUUUAAUUGGAGCUACCAAUAGGAUUGAUGCCAUUGAUGGAGCCUUGCGACGUCCUGGUAGAUUUGAUCGUGAGUUUAACUUUUCCUUGCCUGGUUGUGAGGCACGUGCUGAAAUAUUAGGCAUCCAUACUCGUAAGUGGAAGCAUCCUCCUUCAAAGGAACUGAAAGGGGAGCUUGCAGCUAGCUGUGUAGGUUAUUGUGGUGCGGAUCUAAAGGCUCUCUGUACUGAAGCUGCCAUCCGUGCUUUCCGUGAAAAAUAUCCACAGGUUUACACAAGUGAUGACAAAUUUCUCAUAGAUGUUGAUUCUAUCAAGGUAGAAAAGUAUCAUUUUAUUGACGCAAUGUCUACAAUUACUCCUGCUGCUCAUAGGGGAGCUAUUGUGCACUCUAGGCCAUUGUCUCUAGUAGUUCAACCUUGUCUUCAGAGACAUUUAGAGAAAACUAUGAGCAUCAUAUCUGAUAUUUUCCCUCCAGUAUCUGUUGCAUCAGAGUUGACCAAACUUUCAAUGCUUUCAUAUGGGUCUGCAAUUCCACUUGUGUAUCGGCCUAGACUUCUACUUUGUGGCGGUGAAGGUACAGGGCUGGAUCAUCUUGGGCCUGCUGUUUUACAUGAACUGGAAAAAUUUCCUGUACAUUCAUUAGGACUUCCAUCACUUCUGUCAGAUCCUAGUGCUAAGACACCGGAGGAGGCAUUGGUACAUAUAUUUGGUGAAGCAAGAAGAACAACACCAUCAAUUCUCUAUAUAUCGCAGUUUGAUGUUUGGUGGGAAACUGCUCAUGAACAGCUCAGAGCUGUUCUCUUGACUCUUUUAGAUGAAUUGCCAUCUGACUUACCUAUCCUACUACUUGGGACAACCUCAGUUACACUUGUGGAAGUUGACGAAGUGCCCACUUCAGUCUUCCCUCAUCGCUCAGUUUAUCAAGUGAACUUGCCAUCUACUGAAGAUAGGACUUUAUUUUUCGAUCGUUUAAUAGAAGCUGCCAUGUCAGUACUGUUAGAGGGAAUCAGCAAGAAAUCCCAAGAUACAAGAUGCCAUUCUGAACUUCCGAAGGCUCCAAAAUUGGUGAGUGGUCCAAAGGUGUCCGAGCUAAAAGCAAAGGUGGAAGCUGAGCAACAUGCACUUCGUAGAUUGCGAAUGUGUCUUAGGGAUAUUUGCAACCGGAUAUUAUAUGACAAACGAUUUAAUGCGUUCCAUUUUCCAGUGUCUGAUGAAGAUGCACCUAAUUAUCGCUCAAUCAUACAGAACCCAAUGGACAUGGCUACUGUCUUGCAACAUGUUGAUAAUGGCCACUAUAUCACAUGUGCUGCAUUCCUGCAGGACAUUGAUCUUAUUGUUUCCAAUGCAAAGACUUACAAUGGAGAGGACUACAAUGGUGCUAGGAUUGUUAGUAGAGCUUGUGAACUCCGUGAUGCGGUGCAGGGGAUGCUCUCACAGAUGGAUCCAGCACUGGUUGCAUACUGUGACAAGAUUGCUAGCGAAGGUGGUCCAGUUCAUUUGCCUGAUGAGUUAAGAGAUUCUACAUUUCCUGUUACUCCUGUGGUUCAACUAGGUACUGCUACUACCAGAAUGAGUGCUCGACUUCGUCAUGUCCAACCAGAGGUUAACAUGGAUAAGAGUUAUGAAGCACUGAAGCGGACUAAGAAGACAAGCGAUUUUCCUGCAGCAGAAGACAAAUCACAGGAAGAGUCAAUACCAUCAAAGUCCUCCCAGGAGCAUCAGACAAGUGACAUGGAUUCUGAACGGCCGGAACCUGUAACCAUUGAUGGAAAUUCAAACGGAACUGGAACAAAUAGCUUUGCUGAUGAUAGCAGCCUUAAUGAUGUCACAAUGCUUGAUGAUGAAUUUUCAAGCCAAGUGGAGUCCGUCAAGCAGCAUUUUGUUAAGCGCAGUGAAAAUUACAGCCUUCCACAGCUUGAAAGGAUUUACACGAGAAUCAUGAAGGGUGUAUUCGAAACCAAAGAAAAAGGAAUGAAUGAUGAUGAUAUUAAAACUUCAGUUGUGAGGUUUUUGUUGAAAUUUGUAGAGGAUGAUGCAAAUUUCUGACUAAUAUGGGUUUUCCCUCCCCCUCAAUGAAGGAAAGAUUUUACUGUAAAGUCGGGAUUUUUUAAUUUCAAUGUUAUUUUAUUGAGUACAA